AUGCUGGAGAAGUGUCUGGAUCGCAGAGUUCAAAAGGACGUGGGACUGCGAUAUCGCCCUCUCACUCCUCGAGUAGCCGUCGUUCUGCUCGGCCGCCCCGUGCGCCACCUUCGAAAGGCUAGUCUGCAAGUGUCCGCACUGGCUGUCCGGUUGCUACAGAUUUUCGGCGUGAGGAAGCACGCAAUAGCUGUCGCGAAGCCAAGGAGCAACGCACAAAUGCGGUGCGGUUAA